GCAGCUCUUCAGUAGGAACCCCACGCCCAACGUCUACGUAACGAGAGAGUAGAAAGUCUUUUCCAAGAUGGCAACGACCAUAGACAGCAGCAAUGCCGUACAGGCGACAAGCAAAAAGCAUCUCGGAAUUCCCGAAGCAAUAUUUGUGGAGGAUGUCGAGUCGUUUAUGAAGCAGCCAGGCAACGACACCGCAGACGCGGUACUGCGGAAACUGGAUGAACAGUACCAGAAAUACAAGUAUAUGGAGCUCAACUUGGCGCAGAAGAAACAAAGGUUGAAAAGCCAGAUCCCACAGAUCAAGCAGACUCUAGAAAUCCUACGACACAUGCAGAAGAAGAAGGAAACCACAGACCCGAUGGAGACACACUUCCUAUUGGCUGACAACGUUUACUGCAAGGCGUCAGUCCCGCCCACCGACAAAGUGUGCUUGUGGCUAGGGGCGAAUGUGAUGUUGGAGUAUGACAUCGACGAGGCCCAGUCUCUUCUGGAGAAGAACCUAGCGACCGCAUCACGCAACCUAGACUCCCUGGAGGAAGACCUGGACUUCCUCAGAGACCAGUUCACCACCACUGAAGUCAACAUGGCACGAGUCUACAACUUUGACGUUAAGAGGAGGAGCAAGGACAACCUCCUUAAAUCAGUCAAGAAGUCUUGAGAGAGGGGGACCCCCCCACAA